GGACGAAUAGGUGAGGAGUGAAGAGGUAGGCUAUGGGUUUGAGUCGUUGUGCAGCUCUCGUGUUUGUGUUUCUCGUGCUGUAUUCAUGACGGGGUCGGCUCAGUGUUUAAUGUGUCAUUUUACUUGUUCUUUUCUACCUUUUCCGUCUCCUGUACAUUUUGCAGUCAGAGGAGCUGAGCUGAGCUGAUAAUGAGCAGACAUCUGAGGACAUUUCUAGCUUGUAUGCUAAGAGUUAGGACUGAUGUGUCCUCGCUGUGUCCUCACACAUGCACUGCACCUUUCCGGGCUCAGUCCACGGGCGUGAAAACGCGCUCGUACCUGCAGUAUGUUAAAAGGAAAAUCAUAGCACCCAGAGCUCCUCCGUACAGUCACGUGUGUCAGGUCGGAGAUCCGGUGUUGCGCUGCAGAGCCGCAGAUGUGGAGCCGGAAGCUGUGCGGGGAGCGGAAGUGCAGCGCGUGAUUAACACCAUGGUAACGGUGAUGCGCAGGCUGAGGUGUGUGGGACUGAGCGCGCCGCAGGUCGGGGUUCCUCUGCGCAUCAUAGCUGUGGAGUAUUCAGAGAAAAUGCUGCAGGAGAAUCCUCCAGCUGCCAUCGAGGCCCGGGGGCUGGUCUCGGUGCCCCUGAAGGUGUUCAUUAAUCCUCAGCUCCGUGUGCUGGACGGACAGACUGUCAACUUCCAGGAGGCCUGUGAGAGCAUCUCGGGCUUCUCGGCUUGUGUCCCACGCUACACCUCUGUAGAGGUCUCAGGACUGAAUGAAAAAGCAGAGCCUGUCACCUGGCAAGCGAAUGGCUGGCCAGCAAGGAUACUGCAGCACGAGAUGGAUCACCUCAAUGGAAUUCUUUAUGUUGACCCUAUGAGCGCCGCCAUGUUGAAGUGACGUCACGGAAUCGCGACUCAGAGAAGUCGGAGAUUUUACAGUUCCCACGUGUUCAUGAACGUAGCUUUGACCUGCCUUACAAGUGGCAACGUACAGGUCGCCCCCAUUUUAUGGUUUUAUUGACUGAAGUAAGGCUGUACAUGGACAGUAUUAGAGACUCUGAAUAAGAAAGUGAUAAAGACCUUAAAAGUUUGUCAGCUUUACAAAGUAUUAAUCUGACAGAUGUAUGCCCACUUACUGUGUAUGGUAUGCUGUAUAUGGUAUACAACAUACUGUGUAUGUUUGUGUGUGUGACAAAUAAAAUUUGAAUUUUAACUUGUA